AUGGCCAUGAAUACCGAUAAUGGGACGCUGCCUAUAUGUGUUGGUGGCCUGGGUUUGGGAUCCGCGGCUGAGCUGGCACCUUCUGCCUUUUUGGCUUCUGCUGCUGCCACGGUGGCCCUCCAGGAUCUGAUGUUGCCGAGGGAUGGGAUUUAUGUCGAUAACUUCAGAAUACAAGCCAGACAUACGGCUGUCAACGAAUACCUGGUACGAUGUUUUCAAAAGGCUGAUAUCCCGGUUAUAAAAGAACCCAUGGGUUUGAUAGAGGAAGGAGCCUUUAAGCCUGAUGGUUACACUAUCACCCCAUGGGCUCAGGGACGGUCCCUGGCUUGGGACGUUACCUUACCCCACACUAUGGCUGACCGAUAUAUCGGCUACACUUCAGUUAAGGCGGGCACUGCUGCCCUUAAAGCGUCCGAUUUCAAAAUUGAAAAAUACGUUUCAUUAAACAAUUUAAGCAAAAUAUUUUAA